AUGGAGGAGGUUGCUGAACUCUCUGCAGUGGAGGACGCAUUUGGGCGCUUUGGUCGGCUGCAGGACGUUUGGAUCGCGCGGAAGCCCGGCGGCUUUGGCUUUGUCACCUUUGAGAACCUGAAGGAUGCGGAGGAGGCCGUCAAAAGGCUGGACGGCCACAACGGCUGGCGCGUGGAGAUCAGCCGCGGCCGCGGCGGCCGCCCCGGCCGCGGCGGCGGCGGCGGUGGCGGCAUGGGCCGCUUCGGCGGCGGAGGCGGCUACGACGCACCGCCCGGCGCGUGGGGCCCUCCGCCCGGCUACGGGCCGCAGGGCUACGGGCCGCCCGGCGGCUCCCCUGCCCGCAAGCGCAGCCCGGAGCGCCGCCGGCGCAGCCGUUCGCCCGCCAAGGUCGAGGAGCGCAAGCGCGCCCCUGACGCGGGCAAGGGCCGCGAGGCCAGCCCGCCACGCAAGUGA